AUGCCAACUCACCUCAGCCCAGAGUCGGCAGAGACUCUGGAUCCAGAUGAACACGACGCCCUUCGAGCCCUCGACCGGUCGCCGCACCCCUAUCACCACCAGAGCUCCGAGCUGCGCUACCCCUCGGACCAUGUCGUCUCCCACGCCCAACGGGCUUCCUCUCCGGAGCUGCGCAACGACGCGAGCCAGCUGUCGCCGUCCCGUCUAGCCGCCUUGUCCAAGGAAUCGACGCCAGCGAGCGACAGCGGCACCGACGCCGACGAUGAACACUUCCUCAAGGGCUUGCCGCCGCCGAAGCUGCGACCCCAUAAAGGGCUGAGAGGCCAGAACGAGGUCAUAUCCGGCACCUCGACGCCCCUGUUGUCGCCCGCCGUCCUGCGCGAGCCUGUGCCCGCAUCAGGCCCUAGAGCAUCGCAAAACGUCAAGAGAUCCAAUGAGAGGGUCAUCCUGCCAGAGGCCAUCCGGCGGAAGAGGAUACUGGUGCAGCGAGCUGUUGAAGUGGGCAUCAUUGCUACCCUGGCCGGCAUGGUCCAAGCAAACAAGCUGCUGUCGCCGGUUCUGGCCACUUGGCGUAAAGAUUUCUACCUCUUCGCUGCCUUGUACGGAGCGCUAUUGCUGCUAUAUCCAGUUCGUGCUGCGAUCUGGAGCUACAAGAAUCGCCAGCCAUCUUCCGGCCCGCUGUUGAAGAUUCCCUCGGCCUUCGACCCCGCCCCUCUCCUCUAUCCUCCGGCCAUCACCAUCUAUGUUUCCUUACUCGUCUCUGUCAACAACCCGGCGGUGAUCCUGCCCAACCUGAUGCUUGCUAUAAGCUCGAUCCCUCAGCAAGUGGUGCCCAAACUCGACCAUUACGUGGCAUAUGACUCUCUCCACUGGGUCCUAUCUUGUCUGCCUCUGAUUUGGCGGCCCUCUGUGUCAGAUUCCUCUCGAUUUGCGCCCACUUAUUCUUUCCUCGCGCAAGAGGACCUCGUCUUACUAUACCCUCUACACCGGACCGCGUGCGCCGUAUUACAUCAUCUUACCACGACCAGCCUCCUUACGACUGAGCUCCAGCUUCUUUCGAUUGCGCUGAUCAACGUGUUGCUCCUUGCAUCAUCACCUCAGAUCCAGAUCCUAAAGGCCCUGCUAUGGGGUGGAGGCUUGAGCCUGCUUGUGCUCUGUGGUGCCGUGAUCAGAUGGGGAAUUGUCCUGGCAAGAGUACCCAAGUGGCGGUUCCAACGAGAGACAUACCCACAGCGGCGUUCACUUUGGAAGUCUUUAGUGAGGCUGUUGAGCUGGAGGAAGCUUAGGGGCGAAAUCCUAGGAUCGCCUCACGAUGUGUACAGCGACGAUGCUUUGUUCACGACGGAUGAGGACGAAGACGAUUUGCGAUUCAGUGGUCCCACCAGUGUCCAGACUUUCGAGUUAACAGCAGACACACCGUCUGAUGGGCACAGACUUGCCUCAUCCACCGCCGACAAUGGAUGGCCAAAAGCAGGACGGAUCUCUCGCAGACACACGGCUCCUCACCCUGAAAAGGUCGCUCGCAAAACAGCAACCCACACUCCAUCUGGCAGGCGAAAGCGGACGGCCUCUGUUUCGGUCCGGGCCUACUUCAAGUUUACGCCAGCACAAGCAGCACGGAGGAAGUGGCUGUACGCAGGCUAUGUGUAUGUGAGCCUGGCGGUCAUCAUAGUGGCCGUGAUCCGCCCGUAUAUACAAAAGUAUGCCCUCGGUGGCAAUGAGCCUAUUGGCUGGGCCUUGGGCUAUUUCUUCGGCGACCUGCCUGCCUUUCGAUAUCGAGUGGUUAGAGCCAAUCUAGAGCGCUGGAUCUGCUUACCAGCCCGGAUCGAUACAAUGAGCGCGAAAGAAUGCCGCUUUGGCUGGGUAGAGCAUGUGCGCCAUGACGACUUUGGCGAGGCCAACACGCGACUCUUUAUCAGCGCUUAUUGGGUCGCAAUCCUGAUUGUCGGGCUGGCCAUCGUGUUCCAGCUGAAGAACACGUACGAAGUCGACACCCGGCGCAAGGUCUUCCACUUCAUGAUGGUUGGCAUGCUUCUUCCAGCAACGUACAUUGACCCGACGUUUGUUGCCUUGGCCCUCUCGAUCGUCUUGGCCGUCUUCUUGAUCCUGGACCUACUGCGGGCAAGCCAGCUACCACCCCUGUCCAAGCCAAUCGCCUCCUUCUUGGCUCCCUACGUGGACGGAAGGGACUUUCGCGGGCCUGUUGUGAUAUCGCAUAUCUUCCUUCUCAUCGGCUGCGCCAUUCCUCUCUGGCUGUCGCUGGGAUCCUUGCCGCGGACCGGAUCCGACUACCUGACCGGCUGGGAGAUACCCACUCGAGAAAUCAGCAUGGUUUCGGGGGUUGUCUGUGUCGGUCUGGGCGAUGCAGCCGCUUCCCUCAUCGGGCGCCGUUACGGCCACCGCAAAUGGCUCUGGGGUGGCGGCAAGAGCCUGGAGGGAAGCCUGGCGUUCACAGCUGCCGUCUUCCUCGGCCUGACGGCGGCCAGCCUCUGGCUUCGGAUAGGACAGUGGCCCGUUGCCGGCCAAGGCGCGGGCAUGGCGACCCGAGCUGGGCACGCCCUUGCGUGUUCCUCCAUGGCCAGCUUGACGGAGGCGGUCCUGACGGGGGGCAACGAUAACGUCAUUGUGCCAGUGAUUCUCUGGACAUGCGUGAAAGCACUUGAAUUUUGA